GGCGGGGAGAGGCAGGAGAACAGCGGGGUAUUCCGAGCGGCGGGGAGAACCCGGUGCUGGCUGAACGGGCCUGGGCCCGGCGGGGGCCGCGCGGCGCCUUCUCCCCCUUUGUUGUGGUGGGGACGCGGCCGCGUUCGGGGCGGCGGGAGCGGGGAGGGAGGGGGGGAGAGUGGGAUCCAACGCGGGGAACAGCAUGAACCCACAGCGCGUGUCCGAGAGCCGUGCCUCCUUGAGCUCCGGCGGCCGUGUCCCUCUGGGGAAGGACCUUUCAUCACGCUCCUCUCAGCUCGUGCAUGGGCACUGCGAUGCUCCUGUGAGAGCAGCGUGGCAGUUCAUCUGUCUGUGCUGUUUUCUUGUUUCUUUCUGUUUUUUGGAGGGGAAGGGGAGUGCCUCGGUGCGGUCUUUCAGCCUUUGCUUCGGGGAAGUAAAAGAUGGGUGAAGAGCCCUUGUGGCACCCGACAGCCCUGGAGAGCCGUUGGGUUCAACGGGCUGCAGCUUGGUUUUGUGUGUUGUUGGUUGGGCGUCGUGAUCUUUGACAAAAGAAGCCGUGUGUGUUGUGCUCCCUUUCAAAUCCCUUUACAUUAAGUAGGUAGUUUUAAGGAAAAGUUCUGUUUUCUGGAUCCACUGCAGGAAAAAUUUCUGAAAAUGCUGCUCCUGGUCACAGGUGAGUAACUUUCAUCUGCAGAGAGAAGUUAGUAAUGACAGCUUGUGAGGAGCCCACACUUAACAGCAGGUUUGCCUGUCCGUAAGUGUUCCACUCUUAGCCUGGAGAGCUGCACUUUCAGACUGAUUCAUGGCGUUAUUUUUGUGGGGUUGGAGUGUGCAGUGAGGCUGAUGAGUCUGUUCUCCAGAGUGGAAGAACCUCCUGUUGUUAAGUUGAAAGGCUUAUCUAACGGAACGCAGUUGUUGUUUAGACUUUAAGAAGCAUUAUUGCAGUGUUGGAGCCGUGGUUGUGUGGUACAUGAGUAGCUUUAUUGUUUGAUGGCUUUAAAACUUCAGUGUUCGCGAACUCCAGUGAAUUACAGGGUGAUGAGAAUACAAAUAAAGGUUUGAAGUUUGCAGUUGCUUCUCCCUGCCUCACUCCAUUUGCUUAGCACUAUCGUGGUGAAAGAUAGCAUUGAUUAUCAGUGCCUUUAAAAGAGGAGUGGGGGAGGAUUGCACUAAGAGCUCAAACUUGAGUGUGUUCUUAGCAUCACCUUUAACAGUAAUUUGUGUUGUUUAAUGACUUGUUAGAGGAUUGGUCUGUAAUCGUGUGGUUCAGGGUUGGACUGCACUGACAGUCACCAAAAUGAACAGGAGUGCAGGUUCAGUUUUCUUUAAGGAAGAAUCUGACCAUGCGUAAUACGGUUUUGGAGAAAACUUGUCAAUGUUCCUGAGUUUUGUUUGAUUGUAGUAAUAAUAAUAAUUCCCUUCCUUUCCCUCCCCCCAAAAUAAAGCACAUCUGAAAAAAAGUGAAUUUGAAGAAAUUGGUCUCUUAACUGAUAUCUUUUCCUCUCCUGGAAACCGGGGGCACGAGCAAAAUCAGAUGAGUUUGAAUCACAGUGUAUCUCUAAAUGCAAAGCCCGGCUGGGUGCUCCUUCACCUUCUUGCUCCACUUGAUCUUUUAGAAGUGUUGAGCACUGGUUGAUGUAAUUGAGUGUAUUGGAGCUCAGAAAUCUCUGCUGCUGAGCGCAGAUUUAAAAACAAAACUUGUCUCCAUCUGUCUAAUCUCCUUCCCACAAUCGUACUGGGAGAACAGGCUUGGUAGUACGUUCUGGCUAACAAAGAAUAUGAAUUAUGGUUGAGACUGAAGAAAACUCCCAAGUUUUCUUUCUAUAAAGAGCAGCACACAGAGUUUUAAUUAUUAUAAAAGUAUUCUAGAUUUUUUCAAAUGUACUCAAUGCUGCCUUUAUUACUGUGCAUGUAAAUGCCCUGUAAUUGAAAGCAGCCAUUUAUGGGCCUGACUUGCUAAGUGAGCUGUAAAUUCUGCUUUUCAGAUUGGAUUUAAUGACUUUUAUCAUAAAGCCACAAACUGGUUGUGAGCUGUGCCGAGAGGCAAACAAUACCUAAGCUUACUUUGCCAAAAUAUUUGUAAUUGUGGAUUUGUUAAACUGAAUUGCUGCAGGUCAUGCGAUGGGAUUAGUUUUUUGUAAUAGAAUGGGGAGUGUAGGCAGUGCUGUGCUCAAUACUCUCUGGGCUAGAAGAAAUUGGUGACCACAGAAAAUGUUGCUAAACGUUGCUUUCAACUUCCUGUGGUGUUGCUGGAUUGCAGAAAGGAAAACUUCGUUCCAGAUGACUUUUUAUUGUGAUUGUGUUUGACAGCCAGGGUGUGAAGGGAGACCAAGAAGAGACUGUGAGAGAGCAGCUCCUGGGUCUGCUAUCAGUGUAGUCUGGGGCUUGAGUUUGAUUUAAUUAAGCUGGAGCAAGAUGAGCUUAAUGGAGGACACUCUUCAAGCUCUGCCUGUGGUGGAGGAAGGAGAGUUUAACGAAGUUGGGAAACUGUUAAGUUAUGCAGAUAGAAGCUGAAGCAGGCACCCAAGUACCUGUUAAUCAGUUCUGGGACUGCUCCUUUCACAUUUACCCAGGAGCAUUUCCUUUCUAACCUAAUGGAACUGACUCUUGCCUGUUACACAUGGAAAGUUUUAAUCAAAACAAAUUAGGUGAGAAGAGCUUAAACUGCUGUGGCUUGGAAUGCUCAUUUGGUGCUUUUGUGGCUCUGUUGAGGUCUUCCAGUAUUAAGGAGCAGUGCUGUGAGUUCAUAAAUACUAAGUAUGUGGGAGAAGGCUGCUGCUUUGCAGACAGGUGAAUUGGCUGCCUGCAGCUGUGGUACAUUUUUCAGGCUUCUAAGAGAAUUGCUAAGAUAUAUUACUCUUAUAAUUAUUUCAAUCAGAGGUCAGUAAAAUUAACGUCUUCACUUCUUUCUUGUAUUUCUGGUUGCAUGCAAUUCGGUGUCACUGGGUGAAUGGUGUUGCUUCCAAUCUGUUAGUUUUCUUCUAACAAUAAUGUUUUAAUUGCGUUUUGAGUACUGCUUAGUAACUGGAGAAAAACUCAACUUCUGAAGCUUUUCUGUUGUUGUGUUGGUGCUUAUUUUAGUUCUGCAUAUAAGAAAUGUGAGUUUUCUCAUUUGAUUUGUAAUCAAACAUCAUAAAAUGCGUGAGAGGAAAUGUGUAUGUUCAAAGUAGAGGUAUAAUUCUCCUCAAUGAGCUAUAUGGGGAAAAAAGUUGUUAUGCAAAGUUUCAAGAUCCCCUGGAGCAUAAUAAACUUCAAAAUCUGUGCGCAAAUUGAAUCUAUAUAAUGGCAUGUAGCAAAAUCCUCAUUCUAAGGUUGUCCCAGAGAAGGAAUUCUCUUUGCUGCUGGCCCUCUGGAUCACAGGCAGCCUGUCUUGAACUUCAGCAGCUCAUGCAGGAGCUGAGUCUGGAGCUUGGCUUUGCCAAUGAAGCUGUGGCCAGAUGGAGCCUUUGGGGAGACGGUGUUUCCAAGCCCUCCCCUCUGCUGUGUAAUUGGCUGCAGGGCUCAUCUGGGGGUAGACCAUGGCACAGAGCUGGAUUCUUCUCCCAGCUCUCUGCCACCAUUGGCCCCACAGCAACAAACUCCAGCAUCCUAAGGACAGGGAGGGAAGGGAACACGUGAAGCUGUACUAUCCCAGCUUAAAUGUAGGGAGAGAAGGAGGUGCAUCACCUGAGUUCUAUGUGUGGUUGUUCUUCAGAAACCUGUGUAUGAAUAGCAGACUUGAGCUUAUCCAGAUGAUAAAAGAGGUAUCUAACACACCUUUGUAGGAUAAGAAUAAGCCCCCAUUGGGACUCAGGGCAUGUUUUGGAGGAGUGCAGGAGCAGAAGUGAGAUGUCCUCUCUUGUCCAUUCCUCUAAGUUCUGUAAAUAGAACGUAUUCCCUCUGCAAGGAGAAAGAGCUUUUAGCUACAAUAUACAAAAAUCAGGUUUCCUGCAAGGUGAGAUGGUUAGUAUUGGGGAAAUUUGUUUCAGAUUCAGUGUCUUGUUACUUGGAAUAACGCAGCUUAAAGAUUCCAGAAGCAGGCCAUAAAUUUUGUUAUGCUUCAGUUCAGUACAAGGUGAAAUGCUGCAUCUUUUCGAGUUUCGCAGUUUUAAUGACUUUGCAUUGAUAUAGGUGACAUGGAAUACUACGUGUGCUAUAGACCUUAAAGCUUUAUCUCUCAGUACUGUUUGGCAUAAUGUAAGAUCUUGCUGCUGCCUUAAACAGAUGAUGCUAGACUUAAUAUCUUUAUUAUGAAGGAAUUAUCAUAGGGAGGCAUGUGGAGGAGAAAGAUGGAUAUUCCCUCUUCCUCUGAGAUAUGUGAAACAUUGUGCACUGGGUGAAAUUGGUAUAGAAUCCUGUCCAAAUUCCAGGAUUAAUGAAAAAAAACAACAAACCACCCUUUUAUAUGACAAAAUGGCCUGAAACUGGGAAGAAAUAAAGUUUUAGACUCUCUUAAAUGCCACAAAAAGGUUUUCUUUGAUUCUCCUUUAGCUUCUGUCUUCCUUAUUGCAGAAGAGCACUUGAAAAUGAUGUUAUUCUCAGCCAGGUUACAUAGAAUAAAGUCAGGAGAAAUCAGAUUUCUUGAUUUCAGAUUUAAGAUGAAUGAACAGACUGGUAUGAAAUAUGUUGCAUAAGGCUUAACAGUAAUUAUCCAGAAGUUACUUGAUAUUUUUGUUUAUGGUGUAUACCGGGCAGGAAAGGAAAACUUCCCUUGAAGAUUUCAGUCUGCCUGCAUGCUGCCCUGAAGUUUUCCUUCAUAUUUUACGCUUAGUUAUUGCUGGGAUCAUAGGCUUAAUAUUUAAUCCCCAUUUCAGAGAACCACAGCAGAAUUGAAUAAUAGCAGACAUGAUUCAAACUGCAACUUUAGAAGUUGCCAGCAAUCACACUGUUUGACCAACUAUAGAAACGUGUGCAUGAGGAAGCGGAAUAUACUGCGGGGGUAGAGAUGAAGCAUACCACCACCAUUAGGCAAUCUGCAAGUUUUCCAGCUAUAAUCUGUUGGAUAUAACAGCACGUGUUCCCUGUGUGCCAGCACUUCUAACACUGGUAGCUCUUUCAAACCCUUGAGUACUCAGAGCUGCAGUUUUAAGGCACAAUCUGGCAAAUGCGGUAAGAAUUGAAGUAGUGGCAGCUUUCUGCUCCGUGUCACAGUUCUGCUGCCUUUCUCUGGCCACGCUCUUUGGUGCCUUUCUUGUGAUGAGAGGCUCAACACGGAACAGAGCACUGAGGUAUGGCCUCACCUGUGCUGAGUACGGAGGGCUGGCCACCUCCCUGCUUCUGCUGGCAGCGCUAUUUCUGAUACAAGCCAGGAUGCUGUUGGUAUUCUGGGCCACCUGAGCACACCGCCGGCUCGUGUUCAGCCGAGCACCAACCAACACCCCCAGGUCCUUCUCCUCCACACAGCCUUCCAGCUGCUCUGCCACGAGCCUGUAGUGAUGCGUGGGGUUGUUGUGGCCAAAGAGCCACAUUCACUAAGACGUUUGGUCUUAGUGAAGCUCAUCCUGUUGGCCACAGCCCAGCUAUCCAGAUCAUUCUGUAGGGCCUUCCCAGCCCCAGGCAGAUCAGCGCUUCCUCCAACUUGGUGUAAUCUGCAAACUUCCUUAGGGUGCAGUCAGUCCCCUCCUUCGGUUAAUCAAUAAAGCUAAGCUGGAUUGCCCCAGUACUGAUGCCUGGGGAGCACCACUCAUGACUAGUUGCCAGUUGGAUGUAUCUCCAUUCACCACCAUUCUCUGGAUGGUACUGAAAAUACUACACAGGCAGGAAAAAUGAUUUUCUGCUGUUGGGAUGGGGCUCUAAGCUAGAUACACUGACUUCUGACACGUUAGGGUUUUUCUUAAUUACUUUAUUGCUGCUUUUUCCUUGCAUAAUUGAGGUUUGUACUUUGCUGUGCCUCCUGUAGGCAUGGAGAAGUGUGUAACUUCUGCAUACAUUAGGCUAGCUGAAAGAUUGUCCUGUGUGUAUUCAUCACAGUUGGCUGCAGCGUUAAGGUGAACAAAAUCCUGUCCUACUUGUGUCAUGUUCUCUUUGCUCACCCUUUGAAAGAAAUGAGAUUGCUGCUGGAAUAGCUUGUUGAAAUGCUUACUGAUACCACUGGCAAAUCCAUGACAUGGCAUAACCAUGGCUAGAAGAGCAGUCGUAGCCUCCCAGAAUCACACUUAACUCUGCAGCCAUGGCAUAUAUAUUGUUUUCUUAGAUCAUAUGUCCUCCUAUUUAAAAAUAAAUUGUUUUAAUGUAAAUGUGACUGCGAGACUAACAGAUAAACUAUGCUUUCUGAAAGCAUCUGUAAAAACUAGUAAAUGCGUGUAAGGAAAGUGGUAGAAAUCAAGUCAAGAAUCUGGAAAAUUCUGAUCAGUUAGAGCUGACCUGUCAGUCUUUUGGAAAUGGAGAGAGGAGGAUUUUUGCCUCAGACUAUCUGAAAAAUGUGAGAGUUCAAAUGUAAAGCAAGUCUGAGAUGCAUGGGCUUUCUGCAUGUAGCCUAUUUCAAGACUUAAUCAGCAUGCAUUUGAGACAGAAACACAAAUUGUGGUCUGUAUUUAAAAAAAAAAGCACCAGAGAAUACAGAAAUUAUGUAUAGAUAUCAGUAUUAUCUCAAGGGAGAGAAUACAGCAAGCUUGGACUCAUGCUCUCAGGGGUAUUGUAAAGCUGAAAAUAGAUAAAAGGACAGAGAAUGUUUAGAAGGUUUGGAACAAUAGGCAAUUUAACAUUUUGGUAAGUGAGAUUGCUGAAGUGCGUACUUUACAAUGCUGAUAAUCAGGGCAGUUGAAAGGUGACAAGUCAGAAGCUAAAGAAUUGGUAAUGCCUGUAUUACGUGUUAGUGAGCUCCAUAAACUUGGGAAGAACAGGUGUGUGGAUGGGCAGUGAUGGAGGUGUUUGGUUGGGUAUGUCUGUCAGUAUUGGCUCCUAGGGAGAACAUAGCUUGAGUAUCCUGCUUAGCACUGGGUUGAAAAUGUUGGCUAUUGAGAUUGUUUCUGUAGUUUGCUGUAACUGGGGCUCCAGUAUAAUGCUUCUGCAGCCUGCAAAAUUUGACCUGCAGCCUGACGUAUUGGUCACAAUUCUGUAAUAAUUUAACACCAUUGAAAGAACAGUUCUUCUCAUGCUAUAGUCUUAUAUGAAGGUGAAACUUUUCAUUUAGGAUAGAUGAAUUAUUAUUUAAAGCUGCCUGUGGAAUAUAACCCAGCUUUUGUUGACUUGUUGGUUCUCAUUGAAAUCGUGAAGGCGUGAUGAAGCAAAAAUCAGCCAGGAAUACCGUAACCUGAAGUGUCCCAAAUGAACCAUUGCUGUUUUGCAGAUGAGAAACCUUUACAAGGUGAGGUAUAUUUUGGAUAGAAGUGAGGAGCGUGCCUGCACAGUAUGCGCAUAAGCUGCCUAGAAAGCUCUGAUUGAGUAGCUUGAAGGUAACAUUUCAUACUUGGCCUCAACAAGGUACUAUUACAACUUAGAGUGCUGAAGUUUGACAGCACGGUAAGUUUGUGGAAUUCAGAUAUCCUGUUACUGCCUGGAAAUAAGACUACUUCUGACUUCAAUGCAGCGCUUCUGUCUGUAGAUGAUGCUGUCCUCAAACAAGCUCCAAUAGCUGUCUGCUUAAAAUGAUACAGCUGAUUUGGGGCUUAUAUUUUAAUGCCUGAAAGUACCCUGAUACAAACUGUAAAACUAGGAAGUUUGUGUGUGUAUAUUUAUCUAUGUAUAUAUAUAAAACUGGCUAUCAUUUCUUCUAAUCUGUUUGAAGUACAAAUAGAGAUGAAUGCCAGACGUAGCUCAAAUUUCAGCAUCCCUCCUGAUGUUGUAUGUAAUUGCCCCGAUUGGGUACUUGAUAUCAAAUGAAAGGGUGUUAGAAUUCAAAACAAACACAACUGCACCACUCAGGUAGCUACAAAAUGAGAUUUUAAAUGUCCUUUAACGGAUUUUGAGAGACUUAAUGAUUUAAAUUAGUGACAUUUUGGAAGGUUGAUUAUCUGUAGGCUUUGAGUUGUAGAUUAGAGCUGUGGAAUAAACUCAUCAUCAAAAUUUAAAGUGAAUUUCAGAUCCACCUCCUGAACUAUUACCUGAAUUGUUUGGAGGUGGCAUGUCCUAUAGCAUUUGAUAAUGGAAGAUCCUAAGCAAGGAUUGUUCUCAAGUAAAACCUCAGUGCUAAUGUGUCUGUUUCGGUUUGCGUUUUUAGGGAUCAGACAGAAAUCUCUAAUUGUGUGCUGAGCAUUCUGUCUGGUGGAAGUCAUGUCAUCCAUACUGCCAUUCACUCCACCGGUUGUGAAGAGACUUCUUGGGUGGAAAAAAUCCGCUGGUGGUUCCGGAGGGGCCAGCGGUGAGCAGAAUGGGCAGGAGGAGAAGUGGUGUGAAAAAGCGGUGAAAAGCUUGGUCAAGAAGCUAAAGAAGACAGGACAGCUGGAUGAGCUUGAGAAGGCCAUUACCACUCAGAACUGCAAUACGAAGUGUGUGACAAUACCAAGCACUUGCUCUGAAAUUUGGGGACUGAGUACACCAAACACGAUAGAUCAGUGGGACACAACAGGCCUUUACAGCUUCUCUGAACAAACCAGAUCUCUUGAUGGCCGACUACAGGUGUCACAUCGUAAAGGACUACCACAUGUCAUCUACUGUCGUCUGUGGCGCUGGCCGGACCUUCACAGUCACCAUGAACUUAAAGCAAUUGAAAACUGUGAAUAUGCUUUUAAUCUUAAAAAGGAUGAAGUAUGUGUAAACCCAUACCACUACCAGAGAGUGGAGACACCAGUCUUGCCUCCUGUACUAGUGCCAAGGCACACUGAGAUCCUAACAGAGCUUCCUCCUCUUGAUGACUACACCCACUCCAUUCCUGAGAACACUAACUUCCCAGCUGGAAUUGAACCACAGAGCAACUACAUACCAGAAACACCACCUCCAGGAUAUAUCAGUGAAGAUGGAGAAACAAGUGACCAGCAGUUGAACCAAAGCAUGGAUACAGGAUCUCCAGCAGAGCUGUCUCCCAGUACUCUCUCCCCAGUUAAUCACAGCCUGGACUUGCAGCCAGUCACUUAUUCGGAACCCGCGUUUUGGUGUUCAAUAGCAUAUUAUGAGUUGAAUCAAAGAGUGGGAGAAACCUUCCAUGCAUCACAGCCUUCCCUGACUGUAGAUGGCUUCACAGAUCCAUCCAAUUCAGAACGGUUUUGUCUAGGUCUGCUUUCCAAUGUCAACAGAAACGCAACAGUGGAAAUGACAAGGCGUCACAUAGGUAAGGAUCUGAUCUUUUAGCUAUUUUAACACUUU